AUGGAUGUGUUCUUCGAGACGCAGAGAGGCUCACCAUUCUCCAUCGAACUGGGUUACUUUGACACUGUUUUAGAGAUCAAACAGAAGAUCGAGAAGUACCAACGUAUCCCUAUUUCCAAACAAACCCUAUUCUUCCAAGGAAAUGUUCUUCAAGACGAUCUUGACAUCGAACAAUGUCAGAUCCUCGACAACUCUCGUCUCCAGCUCCUCGUCUCUUCUCCCUCUAACGACCAAAACCGAAACAAUCUAGUCUUCAAUACCGAGCAAUCUCCACCGCCAAGCUCAACAGAACAGAUCAUCAUCAACGGCCAUCAAGACUCGACUCUGAUGAUGCCGGUGAACAACAACAACAACGGCAACAACAACAGCAACCCUAAGAAGCUGAGAGUAAUGGUGUUGCCGAAAUGCGGGACGAGGAAGAUUCCGGUGGAUGUGAACGCAGGUGAUAACGUUGGGGAGCUGAGGAAAGAGCUGGCUAAGAUUCAACAGAGGUUUCAGUUAAGUCUGCCUCAAGAAGGUUACUUCUUUAUAUACAAACAGAAUGUAAUGGAUGAUGAUCGGUCUUUCCGGUGGCACCGUGUUGAUCACGGAGAUACUAUUGAGAUUUUCAAUGGAAGUGUUUCCGGUGGCUCUUAA